UGAGAAAAGAAAACAACGCAUAAACCUCAUAAUACACUGACAUAGCCUUAUUUCCUACAGAGACAGACAGAGUAGAGACCCAAAGUUAAAUUAAUCCGAGGAAGCGUUUAAAAGUUGAAACUUGAAACUGGCAGUGACGUGAACGUUGAGAGAUAGUAGAGAGAAGGCAUGCGACAUAGCAAGGAACAGCUGAAUACUCUUUUAAGUCCUAAAUGCUAGCUGAGAGACCUCAAGGAAGAAGAGUCUAGAAGGUCUUGUAUUGUGUAGUUCUAUUCUUCUCAAAGCAAACAGCACAAAAACUAGCUGAAUCACUGAAUCAAAUCACAAAGAUAUUGAGAGAGAGAGAGAUGGGAAGACCAAGGUGCUUCUUGGACAUAUGCAUAGGGGAAGAGCUAGAAGGGAGGAUAUUGGUGGAGCUUUACGACGAUGUGGCACCCAAAACUGCUGAGAAUUUCAGAGCUCUCUGUACUGGCGACAAAGGCAUUGGUCCAAAUACAGGGGUGCCUCUCCAUUUCAAGGGAUCUUGCUUUCAUCGUGUUGUUAAAGGUUUUAUGAUCCAAGGAGGUGAUAUAUCUGCUGGAGAUGGCACUGGAGGAGAAUCUAUAUAUGGACUGACGUUUGAAGAUGAAAAUUUUGAGUUGAAGCAUGAAAGGAAAGGGAUGUUAUCAAUGGCAAACACCAGUCCUAAUACAAAUGGGUCUCAGUUUUUUAUCUCUACUACCCGAACUUCUCAUCUAGAUGGUAAGCAUGUUGUAUUUGGGAAAGUAGUUAAAGGAAUGGGAGUGGUCCGUUCUAUUGAGCAUGUUAUGACUGGAGAUGAUGAUCGCCCCCUUCUUGAUGUUAAAAUUGUGGAUUGCGGAGAAAUUUCCGAAGGAGAAGAUGAUGGGAUAUCUAACUUCUUCAAAGAUGGUGAUACUUAUCCUGAUUGGCCAGCAGACCUUGAUGAGAGCCCUAAUGAACUUGAUUGGUGGAUGCAGUCAGUUGACUCCAUUAAAACUUUUGGCAAUGAGCAUUACAAGAAACAGGACUACAAAAUGGCUCUAAGGAAGUAUCGGAAGGCUUUACGUUACCUGGAUAUUUGUUGGGAGAAAGAUGGGAUUGAUGAAGAGAAAACUUUAGGUUUGAGAAAAACAAAGUCUCAGAUCUUUACAAACAGCUCUGCUUGUAAAUUGAAAUUAGGGGAUGUUAAAGGAGCAUUGUUAGAUACAGAAUUUGCAAUGCGUGACGGAGACAACAAUGCCAAAGCUUUGUUCCGCCAAGGACAGGCAUACAUGGCACUCCAUGACAUUGAUGCGGCAGUUGAAAGCUUUAAGAAGGCACUGACGUUGGAGCCAAAUGAUGCUGGAAUAAAGAAGGAACUUGCUGCUACCAGGAAGAAGAUAGCUGAUAGGCAUGAUCAAGAGAAAAAAGCAUAUAGCAAGAUGUUCCAGUAACACACUGGCUUAUGUUCAGCCGAGGAAAAUAAACAAAUCACCGCUGCAAUACAAAAGAAAUAGUUCAGGCUUCAACGCAUUGGUACUAAAGGUAUUAGGAAUCAGGCUCAGAUGAAACAAGUGGACAAGGAUUUGUAUUGUUACAUGAUGAAAUUUUUAGCCAACAAUUUUGUCAAGCUUUUCUUUUAUAGAUAAUUCAAAGAUAAUUUUAUUCGGUGGUGAUUCUAGUGAUUGAAAUACAGUUUAACUUAUGAACCACAGACGAUGCUGUAUGUGAUUUUGAUAUUUAUUAUUGGGAACUUACACUCAAUGAAGAAUG